CUUUAGAAUUGUUUGUUUAUUAGUUAAUCCAAUUAUAACGAGACAUAAUAAAUGUCUGGUUUCAUAUUGAGGUGAAUGUUCAUUAAAUUUGUUUAAAUAUUUGUUUGCGAAGCCUUGGAUUUGGUUUCAUCAACAAUCAUCCUCGGACUUCAGGCACCGGCAGUUCAGGCCCAUAAACAAAUUAGUAACAAAUUGAUAAAGAAUCAUUCUUUGAAGCACCGGCCGGCGUAACAUGUACUGAUUAUCAAAGUGACACGGUUUUUGGAACACAAUGAACGCCAGUAACUCAAGCUCCUUGGGAUUCAAUGGGAACGAUUCUGGGAUUUGUGACCAGGACGGACCCUCCGGCAGCUCAAGGCACUCACUCAACUCCUCGGAUUCCAGUGAGAGUCGCAGACGUAUAUCAAUUUCAGAGUACAAACAGCGAAAAAAACCAGCCGAAGCAGCUCUGGAUCCUUCAAUUCCGACAAACAACAAUCACAUCACCCUGAAAUCUGAGACAGGAAUUAGUCCACCAUCUUCAAGGGUUGCAGUUUCUCACCAGAAUGGUCCAAUGGUUUUCAACAACGUGGAAGAGUACUACGCCCAUAUUUACUGCUUGACAUCGCAGGGUCAGCUACCAUCUGUUCCCGAGGUGGCAUCUCAGGGUGUGCCCCAGGCACCUCCCUCAGCGCCAGCCCCCUCGUACCCUUACUGGGGUCAAUCAUCACAGCCCCCUGCCACCACCACAGAGUCCCGAUUACCCAAGAUGGAAGAAUGGCUCCCCACUCCGACAUUCUCCCAGACCUUCGCUCAGACAUCUUCCGAGCCCAUCCACAACGGUGAAUCCCCCACUCCUCAUUUCUACCCACCCCUUCCGCCCCAAGAGAAGACCCCAAAGAUGACACCAGCAUCAGAGCUAACUGGCUCCAACGAGGCGACGUCCUACAGGGAAUGGAGAAAGCGAAAGUACGGGACAGAGGACUCCUUUGCCUCGACGAGUAGCAACAAUUCGAAAUUCAGGAAGACUGACUCCUGGAAGGACAAGGGAGGCCCUCGAAACGGUCGUCGUCCACGUCAAAAUCAGAAUUCCCAGGAUAAUUGGAAUACAGGGGCUGGAUCGUCGGGAAUGGACUCGUGGGAUGACGAUUCAGCACCGAAGGCAGCCUCUGGUGGUUUGGAUUCCUGGGAUGAUGGCUCAAGUGCUCCCCAGGCUAACAGUCAUGUUCUAGACUCCUGGGAUAAUGAGCCGGCCCCUCAGGCAAAUAAGAGCGCUCUGGAUAAUCUGGAGAGCUGGGACGACGGUGGAGCUCCACAGGCUAGCCAGAGUAUCCAGGAAGACUCAUGGAAUGGUGGAGGAGCCUCUCGACACAAAGUAACUGCCCAGAAUGGUCUGGACUCCUGGGAUGACGCAGGGGCACCUCCUGCAGCGAGUAAUUACGAUCCGUGGGGAUCAAGCUCAGGUCCACAAGCUGGUCCUUCAACAGCUACUCAAAAUGGUCUGGAGUCCUGGGACGACGCAGGCGCGCCACCUGCAAAGAGUAAUUAUGGAUCUUGGGAGGCCACGUCAGCACCUGCUCCGUCGAAGUCUCUCGGGGGUGGUUUGGAAUCCUGGGAUGACAUAUCAAGUGCACCUCAAGCCUCUCAAGCAGCUCUCGAUUCCUGGGACAACGCAUCAACUGCUCCUCCAGCAGCUGCCGACUCCUGGAAUAAUCCAGCACCAGCAUCCAAUUACGAUAAUUCAACUGCACAGUCCUGGGAUACUGGGAAUUCCUCGAGAGGUGGUUCCUGGGGGAUGAAGGGCUCCCAGAGGGGCUUUCGAGAGAAUAAAGGAGGAUAUCGAGGGAACAAAUCGCGGAAUGACUCGAACAAUCGCUCGAGGAGUGGUUCAAGGGACUACAGAGGGGGCAGCAGAUCCAGUGAUAACUCAGACUCUGGGUACUCGAAUCGUGGCAACAGAGGAAGCAGGGGGAGGCGAUCUGGUUCUCGAGACUCUGGGAGUUGGAACAGGAAUGACAGGGACAAACGCUCCUGGAACAGUGGAAAGAACUUUGGGGACAGGGGCAACGAUAGGAAUGAUUCCAGAUCCUCCUGGGAUCAGGCCGAAGCUUCAACUGCGGGAGGAACCACUGGCGAGUCCUGGGACGACGACGUGGCCGCUCCUCAGUCUAGUAAGGAGUUCGCUGGCUCCUGGGGAAACCAGGGGAGUCAGGACGUCUGGGGAAAUUCGUCGGCGAAUAAUUAUGACAGGGGGGUGGCGAAUUAUCCUAGUACUUCGAGUGCUUUAGCAGUUUCUGCUCUCGAUGCUCUCGAGUCCUGGGAUGACGAAGUGCCUCGACCACAAGCAGCUCAAGAGCCUCUGGUAGCUCAGGCUUCUGGGGGGAAUUCGGGAGUUGCCAAGAGUAAUAUGGUCAAGGCGUUGUGCACCACGUGCUCUUUUGAGAUUGUUCAUCGUUGCAAAUUUGAACAGGACUGUGAGAUCAGACAGAAUCUCAAACCUGGGGAGCUCUUCACCUGCCCCUGUGGCAUGGCUUUCCUCCAUGAACGUGACUGUAUACAGAAGGUCGGGGAGAACUUUGCACCCAUCAACAUGGAGACAGCUCUCAUUAAACAGGUGGGGAGGUCUCAUGUUUAUGUUUGCAAAGAGUGCAAUUUCAAGUUUAUACUUGAGAAUCUCAAGGAUAGCAGUCACUUCUUCAAGCAGAUGACUAAUAAAAAGGGGGACAAGAUCAGGCAGACAGCCGCCAUCAAUGAUCCUGAGGGAAUUGGGGCUUUUACCACUCAUAUCGAAAGGAUUAAUAAUAUCGCCUGUCUUGGGAUGGAUUCUGGUGCUACGGAGAAGGCUUUGAAGGAUAAAAUGUCCAGCAUUGGACAGUGCAGUCAGGGCUGCUGCACUAUUUAUCAUGACUGCAAGACGUAUGAGCAGAGGGAGGAGGGGGAGACUGUGUAGUUUUGCUGAGGAUUACUUUUUUUAUGGAAUUGAAUAUUCUUUCUGUGAAAUGGAAUAUUCCUGAUGGAGAAAAAUUCGGGGAUCAAUGAUGUUGAUGGAGUUUAAAAGGGAGAUGAGUCGAAUUUUGCACUUGCACUUGAUAUCGAUUGAUCCAAGGCUUGUGCUCUCGGGGGAAAACGUGAGAUGAUUCUUUGUAGAAGAUUUAAUCAGCUGCAAAAAAUUCAGUUCAUGUUUUCACCCAGCACACAGAGUUGUUUAGAUAAAUCGAUAAUUAAGAAAAAUUUGAAAUUCAAGUCGUCUCGUUUUACCGCUUCCUUACUGAAAUGUUCUUCACUCAAAAAUGAAUAAUCUAGAUUGUGAAGUAGGAAUUUUAAUGGACUAUUCUUUAACGAAGAAUAUGAGAGAGAUACUCUCGAGCUUUCGAUUAUUCAUUGUUGAAUCAAGAAUAUUGAUCGUCAAACGCAGAAUUUCUAUAUUCUCUAUGAAAUUAUUAAUUCGCAGAGACUUCACUGUGCGUGAUGUGACGUUUAUAAAUUUAUAUUUAGUUUAACUGUUUUUCUGAUGAUUUGAAAUAUCUUUGUUUAAUUAGACUACGUGAUGAUCAGUGCCUUUGGCCUUCUACUGCAGACGAGUACUCGGAAUUUGCGUUAUUUUCAUUAACUGACGAAUCUCUAAACAAAAUUCAUUCGGUUAUUUCCUCGUACGUUCGAGUGGAGGUCAGUAUUCCAGGAAUAUUAUUUUACAGAUGGGAGAAGCAUUUGAUGAAGUCAUCAGUUUAUCUACUUUUUUUAUUCAUUUUUUAAUCUAAUUUUGCGUAAGUCUAGGAUGUACGAUACUGGAAUGAACUGAGAUAACAUUCCUAUAGAUAUUUAGUUUGAUAAUUUUGCAUAGUCUAUUUUGUUAAAAUUUAUACCGAGAAAGAAAUAUUUCCGCCAAAUAUUCAAUUCCUUGAGGGAAGUAUUCAGUUUAAUAACUCGUUAUGUAUAAAUAAAUAUUUGACAAUAAGUUUUUGGUAAUCCAAAACGUGCCUUCGAGCAUUUCGAGACGAGAACAAGAUGUUUGCCACUGAUUUAUCAUUCAUUUUUCUCGUGCGUUAAAUCAUCAGUGAAGGUUUAAU